GUCUCCGCGGCUCGUCUCCUCAGUCCGCCCAGGGAGGAGGAGGAGGAGCGGGGCCAGCCGCCGCCGCCGCCGCCGCCGUCCCAGCCUCGCCCAGCGCACCUGAACUCGCCGCGCCGCCCCGGGCCCCCGCGCCGCGCCCCGCGCCCCCGGCGCCCGGCCCGCGCGCAGCGCUGCCUCGGUGCCCCGGCGGGGCGCGUCCCCCGGGCCGCCUCCCGCUCUCCCGCGGCUCGCGUGGCCGCGCCUUUGUGUGCGGCGGCCGCGGCGCCCGAGCUCCUCGGGCUCUGGUCCCGGCGCCCCUCCGGCCGCGAGUCCCGCGCGCCACCCCCGGGCGCCCCCGACGGUGGAUCUAGCGGCGGCGAGGAGGCGGGUCCCGGUCCCGGCCCCGGCGAACCCUAGUCCCGGCCCCCGGCCCCGGGCCCGGCUUCGGCAUGGAUGUGAGGUUCUACCCCGCGGCGGCCGGGGACCCUGCCAGCCUGGACUUCGCGCAGUGCCUGGGGUACUACGGCUACAGCAAGUUUGGAAAUAAUAAUAACUAUAUGAAUAUGGCUGAGGCGAACAAUGCGUUCUUCACUGGCAGUGAGCAGACAUUCCAUACACCAAGCCUUGGGGACGAGGAAUUCGAAAUUCCACCAAUCACGCCUCCUCCAGAGUCAGACCCUGCCCUAGGCAUGCCGGAUGUACUGCUACCCUUUCAAGCCCUCAGUGAUCCAUUACCUUCCCAGGGAAGUGAAUUCACACCCCAGUUUCCCCCUCAAAGCCUGGACCUCCCUUCCAUUACAAUCUCAAGAAAUCUCGUGGAACAAGAUGGCGUGCUUCAUAGCAGUGGGUUGCAUAUGGAUCAGAGCCACACACAAGUGUCCCAGUACCGGCAGGAUCCCUCCCUGAUCAUGCGGUCCAUCGUCCACAUGACUGAUGCUGCGCGUUCUGGGGUCAUGCCUCCUGCCCAGCUCACCACCAUCAACCAGUCUCAGCUCAGCGCCCAGUUGGGGUUGAAUUUGGGAGGUGCCAGUAUGCCUCACACAUCUCCUUCACCUCCAGCAAGCAAAUCGGCCACUCCCUCCCCUUCCAGCUCCAUCAAUGAAGAGGAUGCUGAUGAAGCUAACAGAGCCAUUGGAGAGAAAAGAGCUGCUCCAGACUCUGGCAAGAAGCCCAAGACUCCCAAGAAAAAGAAAAAGAAAGAUCCCAAUGAGCCACAGAAGCCAGUGUCAGCAUAUGCCCUGUUUUUCAGAGACACACAGGCUGCAAUUAAAGGUCAAAACCCCAAUGCAACCUUUGGAGAGGUCUCAAAAAUUGUAGCAUCUAUGUGGGACAGCCUUGGAGAAGAACAAAAGCAGGUAUAUAAAAGGAAAACAGAAGCUGCCAAAAAGGAAUACCUGAAGGCCCUGGCAGCAUACAGGGCCAGCCUCGUUUCUAAGGCUGCUGCUGAGUCAGCAGAAGCCCAGACCAUCCGUUCUGUUCAGCAGACCCUGGCGUCGACCAAUCUAACAUCCUCUCUCCUUCUCAACACUCCACUGUCUCAACAUGGAACAGUGUCAGCAUCACCUCAGACUCUCCAGCAAUCCCUCCCUAGGUCAAUCGCUCCCAAACCCUUAACCAUGAGACUCCCCAUGAACCAGAUUGUCACAUCCGUCACCAUUGCAGCCAACAUGCCCUCGAACAUUGGGGCUCCACUGAUAAGCUCCAUGGGAACGACCAUGGUUGGCUCAGCACCCUCCACCCAAGUGAGUCCUUCGGUGCAAACCCAGCAGCAUCAGAUGCAAUUGCAGCAGCAGCAGCAACAACAACAACAGAUGCAACAGAUGCAGCAGCAGCAACUCCAGCAGCACCAAAUGCAUCAGCAAAUCCAGCAGCAGAUGCAGCAGCAGCAUUUCCAGCACCACAUGCAGCAGCACCUGCAGCAGCAGCAGCAGCAUCUCCAGCAGCAAAUUAAUCAACAGCAGCUGCAGCAGCAGCUGCAGCAGCGCCUCCAGCUGCAGCAGCUGCAACACAUGCAGCACCAGUCCCAGCCUUCUCCUCGGCAGCACUCCCCUGUCGCCUCUCAGAUAACAUCCCCCAUCCCUGCCAUCGGGAGCCCCCAGCCAGCCUCUCAGCAGCACCAGUCGCAAAUACAGUCUCAGACACAGACUCAAGUAUUAUCGCAGGUCAGUAUUUUCUGAAGACGCAUUUGGCAGACGGAUUUGCAUAUACCGAGGAGAGUGGCAUAGGAGGGAAAAGCAUAUGUGGCUGAAACCUGUAAGUUGGUGUUGGUUAUGCAGAAAUGUGUAACAGAUCAAACGGUCCUCUCAAGUGUCUAUUAGAUAGGCAAUAAGAACUACAGUGUAGCUGAGUAACAUCUUUUAGCUGACUAUAAAUCACUUUGUUUUUAAACAAGAAAAGCUGUGCUCUUUUAUGUGAUGCCUUUUUUAUUUAUUCAGGCUAUACCUACAAUAUGUGAAUCAAACUGUUUAAUGAAUCCUGGGACAUAUUGAUGACUAUAAACUGGCCUCUCUGAGUCAUAGAAAAUGGCCUUAUUUUUCCAGAAGUGAGUAAACCACACUUCCAGGCUAUCUGAACUUCUGAAGCCCUAAAAAUAAAAAGCACAGUUGUAACUACCUGAAAUAUGAAGAUCCAGUUUCAUACAAACAUUUGUAUGACGUGAAUAGUUGAUGGCAUUUUUUUGUCAUGAAAAAAAUAAUGUAAAUCACAGACUUUUGCCAAAGCUCUUAUUUUUUUUCCUAAAUCUCUCCAGAAAAAAAAUGCAAGUGAUUAAAUUCAAUUAUUGACUAAUUUCCACUUUUUAUCCAUGACUUCUCCAAAUCAAACCACAGUAUAUGUUGUAACAAUAUCUAUGACCACUGUUAGCCCAUUAUAUUCAUUCCAAUUAGAAGAAAAGAAAUGUGAAUAUUAUAUUCCGUGUUUUGAGUGACAAGUUUCGAAAAAUAAAAACACUGUAUUUUUAAAAGGGAAAUGCACUUAAAUGAAAACAGUUAUUACAAAAGUUAAGAUUUAAAAAGAAAAAGCAAGAGUUUUUAUUAUGAUGUAAUACCAGUAGAAUAUUUAAAAGGCACACCACAUCUGAAUAAUCAAUGUAAAUAUUUUCUUUCAAAGUUGUAAGUUUUCAUAUUAUGUGCUGUAAAGUUUUCCUAAAUGAGGCUUUAACGUAAACACUGGUGACAUAAACCAUUCAUUGCUACGUUGCUUAUUGUGUUUUUAUGCUGUUUUAUACUUUUUUAUGAGUUAUGAUAGCAGCAAUUAAGUUGUUUGUAUUUUGCUUAACUAAAACAAAAAUGCUUUUAUCUUGCUAUAGAAUAAACACAUUUCAGUAAAAACUGUGGACUGUAUUUUGAUGCAACAACAAGAAAACUGUUCAUUUUUCAAAUAAAAUGGUAUGUCAGAUUUCA